AUGACAACUGAAAUGACAACAGAAAGCGACAUAUUGUCCCAACAGAAUUCGCUACUCGAGCUAUCCAUGCAGCAGGAUGGAAGUCUUAGAACAUCAAAGAUACCAUUUGGGUGGAAGCUGCAUACAAUGCUCGAAGAUACAGAGAAGUCAGAUAUGGAAGAUAUCGUGUCGUGGGUCAACUCGGGAAGGGGAUUCAAAGUACAUGAUCUAGAUGCCUUCAUGGAAAAGGUGGUCCCGUUCUACUUCCGACAGAGCAAAUGGAAGUCUUUUCAAAGACAACUCUAUUUCUAUGGCUACACACGGGCUUCAUCGGGCGCCUACCAACACCCAAGUUUCAUCAAGGGCAACAAAACAUUGUCUUUGUCCAUGAGAACGACCAAGAUAAAGUCGAAAGCAGCGAAGAGAAUGUCUGAUAAUUCCAUUUCAUCAAAGUCUUCGUUUUCUUCUGCCUCGACUUGUGAGGCUAUCGACCCUAUGCCCCAAAUCAAAAUACCCAGCUAUAAUGCCAAUAUAUGCAAUGGAGAGGUGGAAACUUGGACAUCGAGGAUUGAUAAAGUUCUGUUGAAUGAAGCUGAAAGCGCUCCUCCUGUGCCUACUUCCACCAAUCUCUCUGAUGGUGAUCGACUUUCUACGUUUGGAGGAAAGUGCUUUCAUUUCGUUUUUGACUACGGCAACUUUGUCUAG